GGACGGACUGAAGACUCUUUUAACAGCUGAUUGGCUGCUGCUACCGUCCCUCUUUCUGAACUUCAGCGCAGAGGAAUCCCUUAAAGAAUACAAGACUUGUCAAAAUGAACUUGUCGUACUUGGUAGCGUGUGGACUUAUGGUCACCCUGCUUUCAGUAAGGAUGGGGGCAAAACCUUUAUCUCAGACGCAGCAGAAGUCUCUUAGAAGUUUGCUGGGCGAGGAGCUGGCGGAGUUUCUGGAGACGGAGGAGAGGGAGAGGCGGCUAGACGAUGUGCGCUCUCGGAUGCGGUUACUGCGAGAUUUACGCAUGGACACCAAGGCAAGAGGGAUGUGGGCUCGUCUCCUUAACGACCAACCCGCACCGAGGAGACACAAAUCGGGAAACAAGAACGGGGGUUCCACGACGCGGAGUGGCUGCUUUGGACACAAGAUGGACAGGAUAGGAACCAUCAGCGGCAUGGGUUGCUAAGGUUGGAGAAGCGCUGUGAUGAUCUUUGGACGAUGGGUUGGAUAACAAAGGUUCAGUUUGUUCUCACCUGAGGGAGAAAAAAAAGAAAAACAUUUUCGGUACGAAAAAGUCAACACGACCAGCAUAAACAAAGACUAA